AUGGCGCUUGCGAACAGGAUGAGCAUGAAGUCUGGCCUGGCUCGCACCACGGUCAGCCGCCGCUGCGUGGUGGUGCGCGCCGCGCUGGAGCUGAAGCCGCCGCCGUACGCCCUGGACGCCCUCGAGCCCCACCUGUCCAAGUCGACCCUGGAGUUCCACUGGGGCAAGCACCACCGCGCCUACGUCGACAACCUCAACAAGCAGAUCGCGGGCACUGACCUGGAGGGCAAGACCCUGGAGGACAUCGUGCUGGCCUCCUGGAACGGCGGCAGCCCCACCCCCGCCUUCAACAACGCCGCCCAGAUCUGGAACCACACCUUCUACUGGGAGAGCCUCAAGCCCAACGGCGGCGGCGCCCCCACCGGCAAGCUGGCUGACGCCAUCAACGCCUCGUUUGGGUCCUACGACGAGUUCAAGGUGAUUUUUCGUGCCACUCAGCACUGA